AUGCGUUUCCCUUCCACGGCGCUUCUAGCGUCGACGUUGCUCGCAAUAUCAGCACAAGCCCGAUUUGUCAUAUACGCAGACGAAUGGCACCCAACGCGUCCCAAUGGCCCACGAGAUCGAGCUGGCAUCGACCAUGUCAUCCUCGCCUUUGCCCCAGCCAACGCAACAGCUACGUUCCAGCCGAAAGUCCCCGUACACAUCAUCCGCACCGAGUUCCCCAACGCAAAGGUCAUGAUUGCUGUUGGCGGCUGGGGCGAUACGGCUGGUUUUUCCGAAGCCACGAAGUCAGACUCAUCGAUGCUCGCGUUUGCCGCUGAUGUUGCUACUAUGCUUGCCAGGACUGGAGCGGAUGGAGUCGAAGACAUUGAUUGGGAAUAUCCUGGCGGCAACGGAGCGGACUACAAACAAGUGACGAACCGGGAUCAGACUUACCAGAUCACUGCGUUCCCUAAGCUACUAGUUGCCAUCCGUGCCGCUAUUGGGAAGAAGCUGCUUUCGAUCGCUGUCCCAGGAAAAGAAGGCCAGUCAUCAUAUACAUUUGACAUGCUUGGAUACACUCGAACAACCGGACCUCGGGUCUGGCCAUCCGUCGAUUUCAUCAACGUGAUGAGCUACGACCUAAUGAACCGCCGAGACACAGUAACCAAACACCACAGCUCCGCCAUCGAUGCUGAAAACAGCAUAAAAGACUACCUCGCCAUGGGCGCACCCUCCUCCAAGCUCAACCUAGGCUUCGCAUACUACGCAAAAUACUUCACCACGCAAGGCGACUGCAGUGGCAGCCCCCUCAACUGCCCCAUCGUCCUUGCGGAAGAUGCCCAAGGCAAAGACACACUCACCUCUGGCGCCUGGACCUUUGAGAGAUCUCGCAUGCGUCCCGUUGAUGCCUCCUCUCUGACCGUAUCCCGAGACGGCAGCUGCGGUCCAGAAAAGGGAACCAAGUGUGAGACAGGCUGUUGUUCUCAACACGGCCACUGCGGUACUUCGCCUGAGCAUUGCAACGGCGCCUGUCAACAUGCGUUUGGAACUGGAUGUACGGACGCCGAUGUAGCAGCUUCAUGGCAGCUCGCAGCCAAACACGGUGUUACUGACGAGGUAGCUGGCGGACAAUACUACUUCGAUGCCACAAACCGCCUCUUCUGGACAUGGGAUACGCCCGAACUCAUCACAAGGAAAUUCGACAACAUCGUCCGUAAAUACAAGCUCGGUGGCGUCAUGGCAUGGAGUCUAGGUGAAGACAGCGCGAACUGGAGGCAUAUUCGACAUAUGGCGAAGGAGGUUGCCAAAGUUGGACUCGGUUCAGCGACUGCCAGCGACUCCAACGUGCCAGUCGACGCACGUGGCUACAUGUACGAUCAGAUUGCUCUUUAUUGCUGUCCGAACGGCUACGAUCCAGCGAAUUAUUUGAUCUACCAACCAAUAUGCCUGUUUCAAUUCUCUGACCAUCCUUUUUUGGUCGAUUGCGGGGAUGGGAAAGGGUUCGUUUACUGUGCAUGCGAAACCCCCGACUGUUACUGGGGGCCACUUGAUCCGGACCACUACGAUGGCAACGACUCGGUUCAUUCCAUGUUGAACGAAGAUGGCCCUUUUGAGAUGCAAUACACCUCGGACGCCCUCCAAGCGACGCCAUCGGAGCCCAACCCAACCGCACUCAAGACUCCGGAGCCUCAUUACCGUGUCUUUUUGGAAUGCAUGGGCGAUGAUGGUUGGCUGACAAGCUGUCCGGACUGGGUCACCUCAAAGGUUCUCCAUGGAACCGCAACUGAGCCCGAACCCGCCGCAAUCGAAACCUCAUGGCCGACUGACGCUAUCAUCCUUGAAUGCAUGGGCGAGAACGGUGGCCUGACUUGGUGUCCGCAAUCUUACACAGACGAAGCUCUAUCGAGUAUGACCGCUAUCGAGACUGGGUUUACUACGCAUAUCGGUAUACCGCAGGCGCCGGAGAGUGAGCUUCCUGGUGGAUCUUACGGUAUGCGUAGACGUGAGAGGGCACACAAGGCGUGA